UGAGAGUUGCAAAUCCAUGCCCUUACUGGGAAGACAUGGAGCGCUAUGGACACAGUCUACACGAAUCGAGUAGGAAUCUCAACUAAAGACAUACAUAUUUCUUCUCUGAGGAAACAACCGAUUUGAGAGACUGAGAGCAAAGAACGGGUGGCCCGGUUGAGGAUGGAGUGUGCAUUUGACGCACAGAAUCUGAUCUCCAUUUCUUUGAGGAAAAUCCAAAGCUCCAGGACGCAGAGAGGAGGCAUCAAGCUCCACAAGAACUUACUGGUAACGUACGUACUGAGAAACGCCAGGCAGUUUUAUAUGAGCAAAAACUUGUCGCAAACGCAGAGGAUACAUCAGUAUGAGGAUGUAGCUGCGGUCCGUGAAAGGCAAGAAUAUUUUGAAUUGACUGGGAGCUUAACGGAGUUCGCCGAUGACUUCUACUGCAACUUUACUGGGGUUGAGUCGGACACUUGGCACUGCGGAGCGCACCAGCCCAACGGCCAGCCUGCAGAGGUGGCGCACCAAGACGCAUCUGCCUGCGCAAUGGUUUCACCAAGUGACUCUGACCUCAUGGUUUCGGAAGCCUGUUGGAGUUGUGCAGACAAAUCCACCUGGGAGUUACCUAUCCCAAACGCACAAGCCAACCAAAAGACUGUCCUGGACUUGGACACGCAUGUGGUGACUACUGUCACGAAUGGAUACUUCCACUCAGACUGUUGCGCGCAGUCAAAACAGCCGCAGGGCGCGCAGUGCUACGCUAAGAAGCGAAAGAUGGACACAAGUUAUCAUAUUGUUGAUCCAGAGUUUUAUUUGCCAGACUUUGGGCCGGUGCCAUGUAAAAGGAUGAGGACUGAUGAUGAUUUACAUUCAGACUCGGAGCAAUUGGACAGCACGAACAUCUCCAACCUGAUCUCAGUGUUGGGUUCAGGUGGACUAUCUGAGUUUGUGAGUUGGCAGCACACGGACAUUGAGCAAAUAUUCGCCGCUCAGACAAUUUGUUUAAAACAUACACUGUUAACAGGCAGCGGCUGGACCAGAGCUAUCGAAGCAUUUUGACUUGUAUGAUUGUUUUUUUCUUUGUAUCGUUUUAUUUUAUUGCUUUCAAAUAAACCAUGACACGACUGCAA